ACCAAACAAUGCGCAAUUCUGGUAAUUCGUAUUAAGUAAUCGUUAUUAUAAUCUGGUAGAAGAGUGUUUUAAAUUUAAGCUAGAAUAAAAGAAAGUUGCAAGGCUUUUUUUAUUUCCCAAUCCAUUUUAGAAGUUGAUGUAUUGCUGCAGUUUCUGCGUAUCUUGGACGAAUGUGCUUUUCUUAACGCAUCAUACUUUCCAAUAACCAAGUUGCGAUUGCUUUGUCAGAUUAUUGAAAUUAGAAACAAACUUUUGCUCUCGUAAAUUAUAAUUUAAAGAGCCGUAUCUUUAUUUCUUUAGAAAAUUGCAACGAAAAAAAGAAGAAUGUAACUUCAAGGAAUAUAAAAGGCAACAAAAAUAGUUUUUACAAUACUAUGAGCUCGAUUAUGCCAACCAUACAGUCAGAAAAAGUGAAAUGUCUAUUUGUUUUUGGUAUUACGUUGCACAACAGCCAAAAGUUUGAGGCAAAUGAAAAUAAAAUUGAGAAUCGGUACGUAUGUAACCUUGCGCGCAUGCGAUGAAAUGAUUAUACUGAAUUAUCCUUCUGUUUCCUAUUAUUUCUGUGUUUUUUUUUUGUAUUUUAGUCACGUUAUAUGCGAUAAUAAAGAAAUUUGUUCAACACUCCAACCUCAAAUUGUCAAAUAUCGUUCCAAUUUUCACAAAGCAUACGGAGAUGUCUCCUUCAGCAAUAUCCCUCUGUGAUUUCUCUGAACGAUCAGUUUUCUAUUAUUUCAUCUUUAUCAAACCACCAUCGGUGGGACUGGCCUGCUAGUUCCUCACAAUUGAAGUAUGAACAACGGUUUUCCACAUCUAUGAAGUACUAUCCCGGGUCACCAAGAAACCGGAUCAUACAAGCAUGGUGUUACAGAAAUGACCCAGGAAAUAUAAUUGACGCGUGCCUGAACAAUUUGUUCGGUUCCAAAUGCGAAAUUCCGUAUUCAAAAAAGAGGUCUGGAGAACCUUAUCGGAAACGAUAUCCUGUUGCAGUAAGGUCAAAACAAGCGGCAACUAUAACACCAGCCAUUUAUCCAAACUUGGCAGAUGAUUACGGAACAAAUCUUUAUAAAUAUUUCUGUGGUGAAUUAUUCCGUCAUAACCGUCUUCACUGGAGAUUAAGAAACGAAAAUAAACAAGUUGUUGCUAUGGGUGGUUACAACAGCUACAGUGGAGACUUUAUGAAUUAUGAAUACGUUCAUGUUACUGCGGUAAAAACGGAAACGACACCGAUAAUUACAUGCCAAUGUAAAAUCUUUAGUACGUUGCAAGCCUCAAUCGAUGUUGAUCAUGGAAAUUAUGCAAAUGCGAGAGAGAGGGUCACGUGUUGCCAUUGUCGCUUAAUGAAGGAAUUAAUGAUAUUUGUAGAUUUUGACGGUUUAAACGAAUCAGAGAUUAUUCCAGAACAUAUUAACAAACAGAUUGUUCUGGAAGCUCUUGAAUGUACGAACGAUCAAGUCAUUUCACUUCCCGCCAAAACAGGCGUUAAACGAUUUUCUAUUGUUGCAGAUCAAGUUGAAUUUGUUACAGUGUGUAAUGUUGACAAGACUCACAAACAAAUCGCAACAUGUCACUCAACUCAAUGUCGUUUAUCAAAGAACCAAUCAACAAAACGAAAUGUAAGAAAUUUAACUGAUUGUUCAUCACUUUGUCAACAUCUUAAAUUGCUAAAAGAAAGUUUUGACGAAGUGCCAACGAGGAUGGAGAUGGAUAUCGAGGUUGAUGAUGGUAACUAUGGUGAUAGCAGUGAUGAAGAUGAUACUUUACCCUCUGAAAAGUGGGAAGAUAUAUUUGAUGUUGCAUGUGGGUUAUGGACCUUUGGCAAGAAUUGUCCUUCUACUCAAAUUGUUGAUUCCAAUCCAGAUUCAAACAACUUAAGUAUACAAUUCUAUCAACGAAGUAGAAUAGAUAUUAAAGAACCAGAAACUUUCCCAUUGUUCGUUCCUAGUGCUAAUGGAACGUGUACUUGCCAGGCCGGAUGGACGUCUGACGAAAAUCCAGAUGGUCUAUUGGAAGAAGUCGGAAAGACUACGCUGUUUUUAAACUUAGGUAAAAGAUUAUCAAUUUUGAGAAGCCCUUUUCCAAAACGAAGCCAUUUUCCAUCAAAAUAG